GGCACCGCAAAGAAUUUUCCGACUCCGCAGUCGACCAGUCGGCCAAUCGGGGAGUCGGCCAGUCGGCCAGUCAGAAGUCGGCCAGAGACGGAACGGGAGUCGCAUAGGGAACCCCGGUUGCCCAAGAGACCCAGUCAUCGUGGCAGGCAUGGGCCGCAGGCCGCCAGACACGGGACGCCCUGCUGUGACGGGGCUGGGCCUGCGUGCCCUGCCUGCCUGCCUGCGCCUUUGUCGUAGCCGCGCCUUGGCGACACGCCGCCUCCAUCCGACCAGAGGCAGCGUCGCCUCCUGGGCAGAACGCAUGCGGCGCGGCACGGCAGGCGGCGGGGCCAGUCGGGACGAGGUAAGAUGGAAGAGGCAGCAGUAAGGGGUGCAACACAGCAGUCGCCUCCAGGCAGCAACACACCAGUCGCCUCUAGCCAAUGUGCGUGCGAAACCUGGCAGGUCCUCUGAACAGUGCAGCGUACGCCACGUGGGAUGACGCGCCAGGGCGCGACUUCGCGAGGAGGGGGAGGGGGGAUGCGAAAGGAGGAGAAGGACACCAGCGACGGAGGAGGAGAGGGGAGGAGCCUGCAGAGGCAGCCCGCGGGCGCCGUGGCUGCCGGUGGGCGCGCCCGCGCCCGCAGCGGCCCCCCGUGACGGCCCGCAGCGCCGGGGCAGCGCCGCUCAGAGGCAGCCCGUGGCAGCUGUCUCCGCCCCCUUCCCACGGGACGCAAGCUACGGCAUGGGACACUAUUUCUGGACUAUGUUUGAACAUUCCUCGUGUAGGGGCACAUGCCCGGCUCCACGCUGGCGCCGUCGCCGUGAGCUGUCCGCGCCAGGCCGCAGCUGCGCAGGGGGCCGCGCCGCGCCGCCCGCGCCCGUACGGCAGCUCCGCAGCAGCGGUGGCGCUGCUGGUAUGGACUUCGGGCCAUUACUUCUGCCGGGGGCAUCAAACGGGGGAAGGGACGACGAGCGAGGGAUUCGGCGGCGGAGGAGGAGGAGGAGGAAAGUCGACACCGUGAGCUCUGACCCGACGGGCAAUUUGCUGAGCAGCGUGUGAAUUAGAAGCGCAGCGGCUAGCUGCGCAAUGACGAAUUGGAAGCUCGCAUGCUCUGAGAGCCGCGCACUCAAGGUAUCUAACUCAGCAAACAGGCCGAUGAGACGCAAGACGAGAGAUAUCCAAUCUAAUGGUCUCACGGUCUCACAACAGUCUAAGCCCGGCCAAGGGACGCUUGGUCGUCUACUUUAAACCACCGUCCAGUCAUGGGCGGCCCGCGACUACACAGGAUACCACGUUGCGGGUACUCCGCGCGGAGAGGCUGAAUUCAACCAGGGUGGGAAAUGAGGAGGUAUUC